CUCAAAUCCCCUUCAGAUCCAUUUGUGCCUCAACAGAGUCGCACCGAAUACGCACAAAGCUUCUUAGACGUCUUCCUAAGGAUAUCAAUACAGAUAGCUACUAUAUGACAGUUUACCCUGGUGAGCUCUUGGCUUUGUUUAAUGGCUCUGCUACAGUUAGUCUAGUAUCACACAAACCUAGCAUCAGAGACGUUGAGGAAUACGAAGAUUGGGUAUAUGUUGGCCAUUCUGUAGCAAUGCUCCUUAUCGCUCCGAAAUACAAGGAUGGUCUUUUUCGUAAGCUUAGAAGUCUCAACUACGCGAUUGAGCUUGCUCCGUAUAGAUGCGCUUUCAUUAAAGGAAAUCAAAUCACUUUGAUGUCCAUUCUUGUCCAUUGCUUGGAGGCGAUACGUUGUAAUGCUGUUAGAAUUCAAGCCUACGGUUUAAAAGCUCCUAUUAAUCUUUCAGAAGAACUUAUUACUUUUCGUUCGCCACAUCCACAUCGACACACUAAUUCAUUUGAUAUCGGUGUCACCGAGAGACCAGAUAUUACCGGCCUAGCUCUCCUCAAAGGAGUAAGGCCACUGGUAGUAACGUUUCCCAUCUGUGCUCCAGCUGGAAAGGGCUAUGGUACCGUUCGUUUGGAAACAAAAGUUUCGCAAAAAUUCAUAGACCCUUUCGCACUUAAAGACCAAAUGAUAGAGACCAAGAUGUAUUCAAAAGUAGCACAUGUUAUCAAAUCAUUUGGAUGCAAGUAUCCUUUAUUCAAGGCGAAAACUAUAAAUGUAUUAAAAAGAGAUAUAAUUCGGCUAAGCAAACCUUUGAAAAAAUCCGCAACAAAUCUGAUGAAGACAUUCAAGGUUACAGUCCCAAUCUAGGCCACAAAAACGGGAUCCUCGAAAAUGAGAGAAGAGCAGAUAUUCACUGAAUGGACGUGCAGGAAUAACCUGGUAGUAUUCUUGUGGCUGUAGCUGAGAUAUGGAAAUGCUCACCUAUGACCAUAGGGUUAGGUUACGGUUACGGAUUGGUUGGUUAGGUUUUAGGUUACAAAAUACUAUCAAAAGAUCGUUACUAAAAUGAAAAUUUUCAAAAUAAGACAUCUUAAAAUACUGCCUAAAUCAACCGGAAGUUUGUCACUCUCUUCCUUACGAAC